GGGAGCCUGUGCCCCUCAGUUAGGGUCCCUGAGCGGUGGGUUUAUUGUUAGGAGGUUGUAGACACGGACAGACAGUGCCCGCGGGUCCUUCGUUACUAGACACGGGCCUGCAGACCGCAGGGAGGGGAGAAGCUCCGGGACGCGCGCCCUCCAUCCCGCAAACCCGGGCCCUCGCCGGCGCGAGCUCCUUCCGACGGGCGGGGGGCCUCCUGGGGCGCUCGCGGCGUUGCUGCGGGAGGCGCGCCUGCUUUUGUUUCAGGUCCUCGGUGUGUCCCCAAAUGGGAGCGUGCUCCCGGCGCCCUGCGAGCAGACGCCCGAGUUCCACAAUGUCCCGUGGGGCCUGCGCUGGGCCCCUGAGGAGGAUCCGUUUUAAAGGGCAGGGUCUCUGCUUUCUUGCGCUGCGCCCCCGCGGGCCUCCUGACGCGUGUCCUCCGUCCAGGUGUCAGCAGUUCCCCAGACGCUCCCCGCAGCCCCGAGCGCGCGCGGCCGACUUCGCGGCGGAGCUGCGACCGGCUUUCGUGGCGGAGACGCCGAGAGGGGGCUGAAGGCGGUGGGGACGGCCCGGAGCGGAGUCCAGGAAACCAGGUUUGAGCUGAUAGGCACGGUCAGGACCGCAGGCGGCCUCGGGACGGGUGCGCGGCCACGCGGUUCCGCGAGGGAUUUCUUUAAGAGCUUCGUACCGGAAGCACUUCCCCGGAGUUCAAAACAGUCACAGCAGGGCCAGCGGCGGGCACCGACGCCCCUGCCGAGCCUCCUGCCCGCUUCCUCGGGGUGCAUGCGUUUAGGGAGUUAGUUUUCUUCAUGUUUAACGUGUAUUGAUUUUCAACUUAACAUAAUGAAAAAUCAUUACAAAUGACGGCUGAAAAUCUUGCUAAUGAAUGUUUUGGAACUCUCUCCGAGACUUUCUUUUCCUGCUGGUAGUUUGAAAAUAGCUUCAGUGACUGGCUUUGCAAAAAACAAUUAUUUCUUCAGAUGUACACAUAAAUUGAAAAGAACUUACACACUUUCUAAAUUACGUACAAAAUAUAUUAGUUCGACUAUACAAAGUUAUAUUAGUCUUCACUGUCUUAAAAAUGGAAGGCCAGUUACAAUACACUGACCUGCAUCCGUAAUUUAAAUUUAUGCCUUCUGAAUUGUGAGUGUACCUCACAUUCAUUAGCAAAUGAAAAGCAAACUAUUUUCCCAUGCUUAUUUACUCAUGCCUUUUUUAAUUUGCCUUUUUCUCAUUUUUUUGUUUUCACCAAUGUAUUUCAAUCAGGUGAUUAUGUAAUAAAGAUGUUAUCUAUGAUUUUUCAAUGUGCUGUCGAUUUAUUUGCAGUCUGUCUGUUUUUGUUGGUCGCUUGCAUUUCGUAGGAGAACCAUUCAUAUUUUGAUUCUGAUUUAAUGCAUUGUUUUCCCUUUGUGACUUUUUUAACUUUAAGAAUGGAAUGACAUCAAUGCAAAGGUUUUAAUAUAUGCUUUUUAGAAACUGAGACAUGAAGGGGCUUACAGGUGAGUUUCCUUAGAUUUUCUUUAUUUCUGUUGGUAAUAUUAAAUCAUUAAUGAGUCCUGUUUAUGGCCACUCCUUUGGGUUUUAAAGUAAAACAAAAAAUUUUAAGGAAAACCUCAGAUUACUCAGAUUGCCUGAAUGUGGCUGUAAGACAGUGGAAUUGAUUUCAGACAGUGAAAUCAGGUCAUUGUUCCUAUCCCCAUAGAAAGGGCAUUCUUAAAUACCUAAGUGUGCAGUUAUUUAAGAGGAUUUUUUUGCUCCUCAGUGAAGGUCAUUUACUUCUAUAAGUUCUUAAGUAUAAUAUUUAAGUCAUAACUUACAAUCUGCAAGUUAGGACCAUUAGCUUCCGGAUUUUCAAGCGCUAGCUUUAUCUAAGCAGCACUAGUUGUUGGGAUUAUUUUUAGACCAGGGUGGUAAAGAAGUGAGCCACUCACUGCCUGCCUUUGUGAAUUAAAUAUCACUGGCACACAGCCAUGCCCAUUGAUUUUUGUGUAUGGUUUGUGGCUGCACUGGCACUGCAAUGGCAGAUUGAAGGGCACAUGAAACCUGACAUGUUACCUUGUGUAACAGAAACCACCCACAUCCAAAGGUAACACUAGCUGGGCCAGUGGGGGGAGUAGAAGGAGCUAAGGAAAGGGGUUGAGAAGCGAGCUUUAUAGGGUGUAGAGAACCCGGAGAGUUUCUGGGGUAAGCAUCAGGGAUGAUAAUCAUGUUAAAAGUCACAUAGACAUGUGUUUUUGGGUAGUUUUCAAAAGAAAUUUUAACUAUUGACAACAUUUCCUUUUAAGUUAUUAAUCUAAAGCGAUGUAAUAGCCAAGAAAAAUGGGAAAAUCAACCAAAAACUUUUAGUAUGCCCAUGUUUCAACACAGCAUGAGGUUGAAAUUGAUUUCUCCCAUUUGCUCUUGUUUUGAAAAUACAGGUUGGUGGACUCAUCUUUUAAAACAUUUUCUAUUUUUUCACAUGUAUAUCAUUCCCAAUUUAUUACAUAGUGCUCAUAUUUGUGAUUUAUAAUGAUUAAAUAAUAGUCCAUUAUUGACAUUUACCUUGUAUUUUUUUCUAGUUAGCUAUGAUAGGUAUCAGUACUAUAAUUUUAAGGUACAUUUGUACCUUAAAUGAGGGUUUGGAUCCCGUGUGCACUGCACAGUAUAAAUAUUACUAUGACUUCAGUGUCUGUUACAUGGCUUUCUGACAGCAUGGUGAGCGUGGCUGAUGGCCAUCAAGAGCUCCAGGAGCGCUAGUUCCUCAGAACCACAUUUGGCUCUUACUACUAUUUUUUUUGAUGGAACAUUCAAAAAAGGGAAAGUUUUGUGGUUUGUAACUGGCAUUGCUCUGAACAAAUGGUCUUUUUUUUUUUUUUUUUAAUCCUGUUACUUAUUAAACACUUGCACAUUUUUGGUGAAGGGUCUCCUAGGUUUGAACAAGCACUAAUAUAUUACCAUUAUUCCAUACUGUUGCAUCUGUUGUAUGUGUCCUGGCCAAGUGAGACCAUGUUUUUUUGGUGUGUUUUUUUUUUAAAAGAGGAAGGGAGAGGGAGAGAAACAUCAAGGAUGGGGAGAGGGUCACUGAUCAGCUGCCUCCUGCAGGCUGCCUGCUGGGAAUGGAGCCUGGAACUCUAGCCGUGCCCCGAGGGAGGAAUCAUACAGGGAUCUUCUGGAUCAUAGGUGGAAGCUGAGCCAGUCUGCUUGGCAGAGGCUUUCUUUUAUAGCUUAAGGACUUCUGAAGGAGGGACCCUGAGACAGCCGAGUCAGGGCGGGGUAAACUCUGCAUGAGCUCACAGGUCAGCAGUGACGACACUGCUGCUUUGUUCCCUUCUAGAAGCAUUUGGUUCUUCGAGGUUGAGAUAGUCGGUCGUUGUACAUAGCAGUGUCUUUUGACAUGGGUUGCAUGGUUACAGUGAGCUAACCAAUGGACAGGUGAGGAUAUGUAGGCUGCGUUAGAGGUUCAGGUCAAAUUUACAACAUCUGAGUCGUAGGCAUUAAGUUAACUUGUGAGUUUGGGUAAGUAACUACAUUUAUCGUCUGUUCAAUCUGAUUUUACUAGGUCGAGACAUAAUUUAUUAAAUGCCGGAUACCGGGUCUGGGGAUAUCCCCGUCAUCCUUGUAUCUCUGAGUACACUAGUUGGGUAAUGGGAGAGGCAGUGUAUAGAUACUAGAAUUAUGUACGGGCGUCAGCAGUGGACACUGGUGAGCAAAUGGGGACAAUGAUUUUGAGAAAAGAUUGGAUAAAGGAUGCACAAUAUUAGAGCAACAGGUUUGGGAGAUAUUCUGAGUAAUGGUAAGGAAUUGAUUUUUAAAACACUCUGAUACCCCUAAGCUGUCACAAAUACAUUCAACAGUCAAAUUUUGGUAGUAAGGCUUACCUUCCACAUUUCACCAACUUUGCUGCAUUAUGCGUGGUCAUACGCAUAUGUCCUCCAGAUCAGUGUCACAGUUCCACAGAAAACAGUGCAACAUUUUUGAUGGUACUAUUUUGAUGUUGCUGUAUUCAUAACGACAAUUUAAAUGGUUUAUAUUCAUAUCCUGAAAAUGAUUCAGUGUUAACUUUAACCAGUUACUGUUUGCAAAUUUUCUCUUAAAAACUGGAACAAGCUGAUUGGAAAUGUCUGUUAAAGGAAUAUGUCCAGCUUUAUUAUGUUGGGCUGAUUUUAUGCAUAAAACCAAGUGCUUAUUCAAAAGUAAUAUGAUUUGCAUAUUUUCAUUUUUAAUAAUUAAAAUAGUUUGAGACUACCAAUUUGGGCUAUAUUUGGUUGCCAUACGUAAUAGAAACACUUUUAGUAAAUUGGGAUAACGUUCUUACAAUGGCAAGUUCCUUUGAUUACUAAGUUACCUAUAUAUCCAUAUAAGUAGUUGUAUAUUCCCUUGUACCAAAGGAAGCUUUAGGCAGGAUGUGUAACACUUAGUUUUGGGGUAGAAAAGUUACCUAGAAAUAUUUUGGAGGAAAUUGGUUGGAGGAUGAGCUUAAAAAGAUUUCAGUGGUUCAGCAAAGAAGGAAACAUUUGCACAAAGCCAGGUUAAUACAGGGAGAAGCAUACGGAUAUCAGAUUUGAAGUUGAGACGAGUUGGUGUCAACUUGGGACCAGAGCAUGAUGCGCUAAUCUUAAGGAGGAUAGUAAGGAAGUAACAAAUUUUCAAAUGAAAAAUAAAAUAAAACUUAUUUUAUAGGAAACAUUUAACAAUUUGUAUAAAAAUUGAAGAGUGGGUGGGGAAGGGUGAAAAGGUGAGGAAUAGUCAAUAGUGUUAAGUUUGCACAGUCCCAUGAUUACUAUAAUUUGUGGCGAUCACAUAAAGUAUAAAAAUGUGAAAUAGUUUGGGACGUGCAACUAAUUAAUACACCAAAUAGAAGAUUGUGUAUCAGACACCCACAAACUUCAUUAAUCUUAGGUGCCUAAAAUGGAGUUCAGGUGAGAGGAGUGAAAUUGGACUUUGUAGAGUAUGGGGGUGUCUUAAAUAUCUUUCAGUGAUUUUCAUGCCAAAUAGAUUGCAGUGCAGCUCGACAAUGCUUUCCUCUGCAGGCUCCACCUGCUGUUUGAAGCUUCUGCCCAGCUUGCAUUGUUUGUAGCAGAGCCUGCGUCAUACCUUUAUCUGUAGCCUUCCCUUAGGUCUUAAGGAUCCUGAGACUUGACUGUGGACGUUGGAUUUGGUGGAACAGCAAUCAUGACCGUGGGAAAGAGCAGCAAGAUGCUGCAGCACAUUGACUACAGGAUGCGCUGCAUCCUGCAGGACGGCCGCAUCUUCAUCGGCACCUUUAAGGCUUUUGACAAACACAUGAACUUGAUCCUCUGUGAUUGUGACGAGUUCAGGAAGAUCAAGCCAAAGAAUGCGAAGCAGCCAGAGCGGGAAGAAAAGCGGGUGUUGGGCCUGGUGCUGCUGCGUGGGGAGAACCUGGUUUCCAUGACUGUGGAGGGGCCGCCCCCUAAAGAUACUGGCAUUGCUCGAGUACCACUUGCAGGAGCUGCAGGAGGCCCCGGGGUUGGCAGGGCCGCUGGCAGAGGAGUACCAGCUGGUGUUCCAAUUCCACAGGCUCCUGCGGGAUUAGCAGGCCCUGUACGAGGGGUUGGGGGACCCUCCCAGCAGGUAAUGACUCCACAGGGACGAGGCACUGUCGCGGCUGCCGCUGUUGCGGCCACUGCCAGCAUUGCUGGAGCCCCAACUCAGUACCCACCAGGUCGGGGGACUCCCCCCACACCUGUGGGCCGGGCAACCCCCCCUCCAGGCAUUAUGGCUCCUCCACCUGGUAUGAGACCACCCAUGGGCCCACCAAUUGGGCUUCCCCCUGCUCGAGGGACACCGAUAGGCAUGCCUCCUCCAGGAAUGAGACCCCCUCCACCCGGGAUCAGAGGUCCACCUCCCCCAGGAAUGCGUCCACCAAGACCCUAGGAUACUGUUGUCCUUAGUCACUCUUUUCCUGCAAUGCGUCUCGUGAAACUGUGUAGAGUGUUUGUGAGCUUAUGUCCCCUUUGCUGCAUUAAUAUUUGCAAAUAAAUGCAUAGAGCAAUGAAACUGCCAGGGACUGUCGUAUAUUUUCUUGCCUGUUGGUUUUGUUGAGGUCAGACUGAAGACUGGGAUAGUUUUUGUCUCCAAAUUACUAUAUAGGAAUGAGAUAUAGUUUGCUAAUCAAUUCACUUAAAUAGGUGUUUCUCUUUAAUUCUUGUGAUAGUAUGGUUGUGAUGAUCAUUUCAAUUUUCUGACUUUCCCUCUGCAUUGAGUGGUGUUAAAAAGCUUCACACAUAAGGAAACUCCUGACCCAGGGGAUUAAAUGGUUGAGCCAAGACGCCCACAUGGUCUCCUCUACUUUAAUGCCAUAAAUACCUGGAGGGAGGCUAGAAUGGAAGAGAGGUCUUGUAAGGCCACAUGUACAAGGAAACAGUGGCGUGGAAUCAAAGCACGUGGAGUAGGUUUCCUUCUACAUACUUGUGGGGCAACUUACAGUGCUCUGCCUUGUGUGCUCAGAGUACAGGACAGGAUGCUGGAGCAAUCGUCAUUGCCCACCCAUGAGUAAGUAUUUACCUAUAUUUUUUGAUACUCAUGACAGGGUCUCAGUAUUGGAAGUCAGGGGAUUUGUAUUUCAGAGAAGUGUGAAUUAGAUCCUAAAAUAUAGUUGACACUUCAGUCCACUGAUGUGUUUAUUGGAAAUGUUCAGAAGAGGAAAUGUAUACUCUUUAAGCUCAAUAAUUAGGAAUAAAAUAGUUUAAUAAAAAGGAAUGCUCAUAUGUAGGGCCAGGGUAAGUUGAUUUUGCAAGAGUGGACUUGUGAAAGGAAGGGGCAGAAAGCUUAGCGUUUACUGCAAAGAGUUCACCUAGGUAAUGAGUGAACCCUUAGUGAUUGUGGGAGUUAGUUUGUAAGCUACUUUGGGUAAAGAUAAGCAUUAAUUUGUUAAUAACUCAAGACUGCCGGACUGAUUGUCUUCAUUUUUUUUUCCCCCAGCAGAGGUUUGUGUAUCUUCCACUUUUUAAAUCAUCACUUUUCAAGUAAAUGUCUACCAAGGACAGUAGACCUUCCGAAUGACUACAGUUGAGGUGGGUCACUAUCAGGUUGCUGUGGGUGCUACCUAGGCAGGACUGUCACGAGCCUGAAAAUCCUAGUAACUGCAUAUGCGACAGAGACACAAACCAUUCCAGGUAAAGUGAUCUUGUGAAGAAAAGUCAGCAUGUAUUGCAGAGGCCUUGGCUAGAUUCAUGAUGACACAGGACCUUGUCUGAACUUAGUGAUUUCAAAAAUUGAGCUUUAAAAUGUCACUGAAAUCCA